UUCGGAGGCGGCUGGAGUCAUUCUGCCGGGCGACUCCAGCUACGGGCGAUUUUGACUCCCGAUGACUCCGAAACCAACUCCAACUCCGACUCCGGACGACUUUGACUCUGAAUGACUCCGUCUCCGGAUAACUCCUACUCCGGAUAUCUCCAACUGUGGACUGCUACGAUUGAUUCCGGACGGCUCUGACCUCAAAAUCAUUUCCACUCUGACUCCAGAUAAAUUCGAGUGCGACCUCGACGGAAGAUUCUGACACCGACUACGAACGACUCUGACCUCGACUCCAGACGACUCUAACUCCAGAUGAAUCUGAUUCCGGAUAUCUUCGACUCGGAUCGACUCCAAAUCCCAACGAUUUAGACGUCGGGCGGCUCUAACUCCGAGCAUUGGUUUUGGUGGUUCCAAAAUUGCCCGAUUCGGAAUUAAAUUUACCAUACCCGUAGCUGGUUCGAAACCGUGGAUACGCUCCAGUCCGACUACAGUCUGCCAUCGCUAGCCCAAACCACUGGAAGGGUUGGGGGACGAGAAAUUCGAUACCUCACGGUGGUUGCACUCGCUCAAUCACGACGGAUUAGCGUACCAAUGAAGGUUGAUUGGGGAGAGAUCAAUUGGCUACAAAUAGAGCAUCGCUUGGUUCGGGCCACCGUUAGUACCGAUCGAGCCGUUCGCCCGGAUACAGCAGAGCAUGGCCAAGUCACCGGGCAGCAGACACAUCUUGCAGCUCUCCCAGGAGCAGGCUCGGCACUUUAUCGACUCGUUCGACACUGUUCUGCUCGAUUGCGAUGGUGUCCUCUGGACCGUGUUCGACGCCAUCCCGGGCGCUGACAAAGCCCUUCAGCUGCUGCAGACGCACGGCAAGCGCGUCAAGUUCAUCACCAACAACAGCGUUCGGCCGUUCGCGAGCUACCGGCAGCAGCUGCUCGCACUGGGCCUGGACGUGCAGGAGUCGGACAUCGUACAUCCGGCCCGCUCCAUCGUCCAGUAUCUCCGGGCGCACCAGUUCGACGGUUUGAUCUACUGUCUCGGCACGGAACAGUUCAAGUCCGGCCUGCGGGAGGCCGGCUACCGGCUCAUCGACGGUCCGCACCAACCGCUGCCCGAGUCGUUCCGGCAGAUCAUUGCGACCGUGCACGACGAUGCACCCGUGCGAGCCGUCAUCGUGGACGUUGACUUUAACGCCAACUAUCCGAAGCUGAUGCGGGCGGAGAUGUAUCUGCGGCGCCGUGCCGACUGUCUGCUUAUAGCCGGUGCGUCCGACAAGACGAUCCACGUGCGGGACGGCUGCGAGAUCAUUGGGCCGGGCUGGUUCGUGGAGAUGCUGGAGCGGGCGGUCGGUAGGCGGGCGGUCCUGCUCGGCAAGCCCGGCUACCAGCUGCGGGCCGGUGUGGUGCAGGAGUACGGGCUGGACUGUCCGGCCCGUACGCUGCUGGUGGGCGAUAUGCUCGAGCAGGACAUGCGUUUCGGGGCGCUGUGCGGUUUCCAGAAGCUGCUGGUGCUGUCGGGCGGUACAACGCAGGAGCAAAUGGAGCAGGCUGCCAACUCGCUCGACGAGCCGGACUACCAUGCGGACAGUGUGGCGGAUUUGGUUCGACUGUUUGAACGAAUCGACGACUGAUGCUCUGCCCUAUUAGGGUGGGGAGCAUUUAAAGAACCAUUCAUUGGAUA